UCAGGCCCCGCCGCGGGGAGGGGGGCGGGGGAGCGGCCGGAGCGGCGCAGGCGGCGGCGGCGGCGGCGGCGGCAGCGGCGGCGGCGGGACCGGCCGGGCCCCCGGGGGGGGAUUUAAAGGGACCAUGUCCCCGGCGCGGCGGCCGCUGCGGAGGCCGGAGGCGGCGCGGAGGCGGCGCGGGCGGCGGCUGCAGCAGCGGCGGCAGCGGCGGUGCCGUUGAGGAGCCCGGCGGGCCCGGCCCCGGGGGGCCGGCGGGCUCCGACGCCGUCCGCACCGUUGCCGUGCCGAAUCCCGGCGUCUCUUCCCACCGCUCCGACGUCUCUUCCCACCGCUCCGGUUCGUCUUGCCCGGGAGCGUGACGAGCUACUGGGUCUCUGCGCGCUUCGGAGGCUUUGGCAGAUUUUUUCCGGCAGUCCCCGGCCGCCAACCCUCCCGAGUGCCGGCGCGGUGUUUUUUUGCGAGUGACACAGCACAAUCGGCGAGGAAUGGAGAAAGCUGUCCCUACUUUAUCAGAGCAACAGCGGGAGCGCCAGGGAGAUGGAGGCAGAGCCGCGCUGACGGCGCUGGAGCCGAACAAAGAGCGUUUCGCUGCCCUCGAGUGCCCCCAAGGUGAAGAGCGCCGAGCUGCUUUUGUUAAAGAUGCAAAAGCGCCUCCGGAGAGCCCGGCUCUAUCUGGGACGGCGGGAGCGGGGACGGCGCUCGAGGAGCUCUUCGCCGCGGAGAACCUGCCGGCGAUGAGCCAAGACGGCGGAGGGAGUCCGGGCGCCGAGACGCGCGCCCUCGAGGAGGAGCCCGUCUUCUUCGCGCCGCUCGCCCGUCAGGAGCCCGACGUCGCGCUGGAAGCCCGCGACGUGGCAGAUGAGCCUGAUCCUGCCCUCUCCGGUGCUGUCCCAGCCACAGCUCACAGGACUGAACUCGGCUCCACGAGUGAAGAGCAUUUGGAGUUCAAGAAGUCUUUGUACAGAACGGAUGCCAGGAGCUCCAUAGACCUGCGAAACAUGACCGUAUCUGGCAGCGGGGCCUGGGAUCCCUCCGCCCUGGAGACGAGAGCGGGCGACGGGAGAGAAGAAAGCACUUUAGAGAGACUCUCUGGCUUGAAGGACUCAAAGGAUGGGCGGUGUGUAAAGGAGUCGGCGUUUGCUGUGGAGCCCCAGCUUGUAAAUACUGUGCAGGUGGAUCCUGAGCAAUUGGAGAGCGACCCCGAGGACCUGGACUCUGGCAAGGCGGCAGCAGAGACGCCCAGCCCUUGUCCGGGGGCACCGGCUGGCAGCGGAGAAGAGAAGUAUCUUAAAAAUGAACCAAAGCAACUUGAAGGCCUCAGCAAAGAGCACUUAGAUAAAAGCAAGAGGGAGACCCAGAGGGUCGACUGGAUUUCUAGACCCAACAAAAGCCCGAGUCCUCACUACAAAGACAUAAGCAAGCCGACAGAUGUAGCAACGAGCUUACCCUUUCGGGGCCAGGCCAUGCGUGAAGUGCCUCCUCCGCUGACUCCGACGGUGUUCAGAAAAACGCUGAACCCCGUCCUCAGCAAGUCCAAAGCCCUCGAGAGCACCUCCUCGCACAGGAAGGGGCUGGUGGUCGAGGCGGACUUGGGCGACAUCAGCCCGCUCGGCGCGGCUGAGUGGACGAUACAGAAGCCGGGUCUUCAGCUCGGCGCCGACCUCGCUGUCGGCAAACAGUCCUGGACGGUAAAUGCCGAGGAUUCAGUGGAGCGGAUCCCGCUGAUGUCUCUGGAGCCGGCUCCCUGCAGCUCCUAUGACAUUGAGAUGAGGCCCUACGUGUGCAGCGUCCUGCUGGAGGAGCAGGGGAAAGAAGAGCUGGGCCCGGAGGAGGACCCGACGGUGUACACGUGCAUCGAAUGCAGCAUUUACUUCAAGAAGAAGGAACAUCUGAUGGAUCACAUGCUUCAGCAUAAUCGCGGACCAGGGAGGGACCAAGACAGAGAUGCUUUGGGAGGGCAGUGCCAAUUCUGCUGCAACGAGUGCGGGUGGGCCUUUGGAGACCCCGCAUCUCUGGAGCAGCACAAAAGGCUCCACCAGGAAUCUAGGGAAAAAAUUAUUGAAGAAAUCCAGAAGCUGAAUGAGUUUCCAGACGAAGGCCGGGAAGCCCGGCUCCAGUGCCCCAAAUGCGUCUUUGGCACAAACUCCUCCAAAAUCUUUGUCCAGCACGCCAAGAUGCACGUCAAGGAGAGGAAGGACCAAGGCGCGAAGAACGUGAAUCUCUUUGGAAGCGCUGGCGGCGGAGAAAUGCGGGACAGCUCGGCGCACGGCAUCUACAAACACUUCAAACCAAAUGAACACGUGGCCCUGCAGGUGCAGGUACCGCCUCACGGCAGCGGCAAAGGGCUCAGCACCUGCAUGCUCUGCAGCUUCCCGGCCCCCAACGAGAACAUCCUCAAGGAGCACAUGAAAUACGCCCACUCCCACCUCUCCUGGGACGCAGAGGCAUUUGAGGAAGACCCCAAUCAGCCUGGAACUAGUAGAGAUGCCUACAGCCCCGCUCGGCCAGGGCGGUUUGCCGAGCCGGAUUAUUUCGGCAAAGCAGAGCGGCUCUUCCCUCCAUCCCACCGCGAGAGCACAUCGCAUUACGAAGCUGUCCACGGCUUUGCCUUAGCCCACCCGCGGCUCGACAAAAGCAACGGGGCGAAUAAAAAGGACUACCAGACAUCGGGGUUUCACGCCAGGAAGGCAGCUCCCUACGCUGCCCCGCACAAAAACCUGGGGCUGUCGGGCCUCCCCUCCGCGAAGGCCUAUUCCCAGUUUGCUCUGCAGCAGCUGAAGAGAAAAGCGGCAGCUCAGCACCUUGAGGCAGAAGGAGACGGUCUCAGGAGCCACCCGGCAGGGCUAGAGGAGCUCAGGCACAAAUGGACGGUGGCCAACGACGCUGGGAGCAUGGAAGAGGAGAUCUCUGUAACCACAGAAAUAGACCUGACCGAGAACAGAGGCAUCAAACCCGUCGCCAUUCCUCAAGCUGCCUUGGACCUCAAGAGGACGUUCAGAGACACCUUGAAAGCCACGGACUCUUCGAUAGCAUCCGAGGAACAGCAGCAGCAGCUGCGGAAGAUGGUGCCCAUCGUGCUCCUCGAGGAGGUGAACCUGCAUCCCAAAGCGACCAAGCGGCCCAGGGGGAAGCCGUUCAAGAAGAAAGCAGCAGUCCCAUCCCGGGAAUUCAUGAUGGAAGAGCCUCUCCCGUUGGACAUGCUCCUGCUGGACUCUCCUCUGGAGGGUCCUCUGGAGCUUGACGACCUCUUGGACUCCGACUCGCCCAUGCUGAAGAACGAGGAGCGGAAGUGCCCCUACUGCCCAGACAGGUUUCACAACGGCAUCGGGCUGGCGAACCACGUGCGGGGCCACCUCAACAGGGUGGGGGUGAGCUACAACGUCCGUCACUUCAUCUCGGCAGAAGAAGUGAAAGCUAUUGAGCAAAAAUUUUCCUUCCAAAAGAAGAAGAAAAAAGGUAUUGCAAACUUCGACCCGAGCACGUUCAGCCUGAUGCGGUGCGAGUUCUGCGGGGCCGGCUUCGACACGCGCGCGGGCCUCUCCAGCCACGCCAGAGCCCACCUGAGAGACUUUGGUAUCACCAACUGGGAGCUCACCAUCUCGCCCAUUAACAUCCUCAAGGAGCUGCUGGCCAACUCGGCCGAGCACCCCAUGCUGCAGUCGGCGGUGGGAGCAGAGCCCUCGUCCCCGGGCCGCGAGAGGGAGGCGCACGGCUUCGUGCCCCGCAAGAGCAUGACGCCCAUGUCCGAGUGCAGCAUUCCCCGCUCUCCUCUGUCCCCGUUCCCCCCGGCCUGGGGAGAUGAGUCCCUGCAGUCCUACAGAGACGUCCUCGCUGCGGAGGAGGAGGAGCUGGUGGCCAUGGAGGUGGGCUCGCCGCCGCUGCCGAAGAAGAGCGCUGCCGCCGGGCCGCUGGAUCAGCCCCCCAGCCGGAUAGGGACCAAACUGUCUCCUGAGCCGCCCGGGAACAAGCCGGAGCCUCAGGACUCCAAAACCCAGAACCUUACGACGUGCGAGGUGUGCGGCGCCUGUUUCGAAACCCGCAAGGGCCUGUCCAGCCACGCGCGCUCUCACCUGCGGCAGCUCGGCGUGGCCGAGUCGGAGAGCAGCGGGGCCCCCAUCGACCUGCUCUACGAACUGAUGAAGCAGAAAGGCAAAGCCGACGGCGGCCCGCUGCCGCCCGCCCUCGGCAAGAAAUCCGGCUCCCCCAAAGACGCCACCGGCUCCCCCCGGCCCGCCCUGCUGGCGCUGGGCAAAGGCGACCGCCCGCCCGACGGCCCCGUCAACAAAGCCAUCAAAUCCCCCCCAGGCUUCUCCAAGAGCCUCUCGCAGCCGGGCUCCCCCCUCCUCAAGAAGGUGCCGCCUGCGCUCUCGGGGUCCCCGUCUCCGAAAAACCCCGAGGACAAGAGCUCCAAGCUCGCCCUGAGCCCGCUGCAGAGCUCGCCCAAAGCACAAUGGCCGCAGGCGGAUGAGGAAGGACCCCUCAAUUUAACUGUAGAUAGCGACUCGGGCAAAGACAUUGACUGCCAGUUAUGUGGCGCCUGGUUUGAAACCAGAAAGGGCUUGUCGAGUCACGCUCGCGCCCACCUGAGACACCUGGGAGUGGAUGACCCAGAUGCUAAAGGAUCGCCCAUUGAUGUCUUAAAUGACCUCAUCAAAAGCGAAGACUUCAAAAGCCGCCUGGCCUCGCUCCUCCCUAGCGAGAGGAAGCCGUUAGGGGAGGCCGGCAGCCCCCAUAAGCCCAGCUCUAAGAGCCCAGCUGCAGCGGCCCCCACGGCACAGCCGAAGCCAGCGCUCCCGCCGCGGCCUUUGCGCAAAGAGGCAGCACAUCUCCUACCUCCUUCCCCUCCGCCGGCCAAGCGAGCGAAGCCGCAGGCGCACCGCCUCUCGGCCGGGCCGCACGGUGAACAGGGUCUUUCUCCCAGCGCCUACUGGGCUUCGGACGCUGCGAUGCCUGCGCUCAACAUCUCCUCGGGGUCGGAGCCGGUGCGGGACAUCCGCUGCGAGUUCUGCGGCGAGUACUUCGAGAACCGCAAGGGCCUCUCGAGCCACGCGCGCUCCCACCUGCGGCAGAUGGGGGUGACCGAGUGGUACGUCAACGGCUCGCCCAUCGACACGCUGCGGGAGAUCCUCAAGCGCAGAGCCCAGCCUCGGAGCGGCGCCUCCAACCCCUCGGGCGCCGGGCAAAAAGCCAUGGCCAAGAGCCUCUUGGGCGGUGUGGGGUCCCUGGAGCCUCGCGGGCCUGGAGAGCUUCACAUCCCCACCAUUGCCAAGAAGGUCCAGCAGCCGGGCAGCCCCAUGGGGCAGUCUCCUACCUCGUCUCCACCUCCCACUGCCCGGAAGAUGUUUGCAGGCCUUUCUCCUCCCUCAUUGCAGAAGAAGCUCAAACAAGACCAGCUGAGGGUGGAGAUCAAGCGGGAGAUGAUGUCGGGAGGUCUCCACGGAGACCCCCACCCGUCUGACCGAGCCUGGUCCCCACGGGAGGAGAUGUCUCCCCUGAACCUCUCCUCCCGAGCCGACCCGGUGCGGGACAUCCGCUGCGAGUUCUGCGGCGAGUACUUCGAGAACCGCAAGGGCCUCUCGAGCCACGCGCGCUCCCACCUGCGGCAGAUGGGGGUGACCGAGUGGUCCGUCAACGGCUCGCCCAUCGACACGCUGCGCGAGAUCCUCAAGAAGAAGUCCAAGCCUUGCGUCAUCAAGAAGGAGCCGCACGCCGCCACCAUCGAGCCCCCCAAAUCCUUGGGCGAGGACGGGACGGACCCCAAAUCCCCCGGGAAAAUGCUGCCGGGCAUGGCGCUGCCUCCGUUGGGCGGCCGGACGGGCAAAGCGGGGCCCGGCGCCUCCGGCGUCGGCCGGGAGCUCGCCUUGGCACCGCUCACCGGCAAACCCCAGGGCGGCUUCCUGACGCCGCUGGCUACCAAGCGGCCGCUGCCGGACGAGCGCCUGGGCGCCCACGGCGAGCUGAAGCACAAGGCCUACAUCCAGACGGAGCUGCCCUUCAAGACCAAGGCCCUGCAUGACAAGCCGGCGCACACGUCCAGCGAAGCCUGCUGCGAGCUCUGCGGCCUCUACUUCGAGAACCGCAAGGCGCUGGCCAGCCACGCGCGGGCCCACCUGCGCCAGUUCGGCGUCACCGAGUGGUGCGUCAACGGCUCGCCCAUCGAGACCCUCAGCGAGUGGAUCCGCCACCGGCCCCAGAAAGCCGGCGCCUACCGCAGCUACAUCCAGGGCGGCCGCCCCUUCGCCAAGAAGUUCCGCAACGCCGCCCGCGACGCCGACGGCGCCCGCCGCCUGCCCCUGGCCCUGCAGCCCGCCGGCGUGGCCCUGCUCAGCAAGGGGCUGGCGGCGGCCGAGCUGGCGCCCGGCGAGGCCGCCAAGCUGCUGGAUGGCACCGAGCGGCCGCCCGUCACCUCGCCGCUCUCCUUGGUGAAGGUGGAGGAGCAUCAGCGCCCCAAUAUCCACAAGUUCGAGCGGCGGCAAGCCAGACCCCUGGACGCCCCCCUGCACCGGGAAGCCGACGCCGGCGACUUCCCGCAGAAGAUGGAGGAGCCGCGGCAGGCGCCGCCCCGCGUGAGGCCGGUGCCCUCGCUGGUCCCCCGCCCGCCCCAAACCUCCCUGGUGAAAUUCGUGGGCAACAUCUACACCCUCAAGUGCAGGUUCUGCGAGGUGGAGUUCCAGGGUCCCCUCUCCAUCCAGGAGGACUGGGUGCGGCACCUGCAACGCCACAUCCUGGAGAUGAAUUUCGCCAAAGCCGACCCGCUGCGGGCCGAGCCGCCGGCCGCCGAAGCGCCCGCCGUGGCCGAGGCGCAGUAAAACCGGCGACGCCGGCGCCGCUUCCCUCCUUCCUCCUGCGGGAAAAGCGGGAAUCGCCGCGUUUCGCAUCGCCGGAGCCUCCCCGCGCCGGCGGCUUUUCCCUUUUCCCCCCUUUCUCCUCCGCCAGCGCCCGGGAAAGCCCCAGCCACAAGCACUACACGGAAAAAGCCGAAGCCUCGGCCGAGCCGGACUCCGUUCCCGAGCCGCCGGCGGAGGAAGGCGCGCGGAGCCGGCGCGCGGAGGCUCCUUUCCCGGCGGGCAAAGGGAAACCGGCGCCUCGUCUCCCGCCGGUUUCAACCCAAAGACGUUUUGGCCUGGGAUUCGUCCGCGUUCGGAUCCAUUGGAAGCGGCGCUGAGAUCCCGGAGGCCGGAAAAACCGCCGCCGUUUCGCAAACCCCAGAGCGCCGGAGCAGCUCCCACCGCGGCAAGGCCGGGAAGGUGUCGGGAAGCCGCUUCCCCGGUCCGCGGCGGCCGGAUCCGGCCCCUUUUCCCGCGCUCACCGUUGCUUUUUAUGUCUAGCUGCGUAGCCCUUUCCCCCCCACCCUGACUUUUUUAACUCUAGUUUUGGGUAGAAAUAAGGCGCGUUCGUUUUUAUUUGGAGGCCCGAGCUCGGAGCCCGGCUCGGAGGGAAUUUGCCUUUUAACUGUAAUUCCCCCCCCCCCCCUUUUUUUUCCAUCGGGCAUAUUCUGGUUAUCGAUGUCCCCGGGAAUAUGUACAUUAGAUUAAACUCUUCUGGAAACGGA